UUUUCGUUUACCAUCAUCCCGCGCUCAACAUUCGGGUCUUUCGUGAUGUUAACGGCUCCUUCAACUUUAUUGCCGGUGGGUAUCUCGUAGCGAAUGAGCAAGCCCAUGGCGGACGACGAAGUAUAUAUCUCGCUCGGAAGUGAUCGAUAUGCCGGUACCAACUGCAUAUUCAUUGCAUCUCAUCUCGACGAUCAUUCAAAGUUCUUGCCAAGAUGAAAACAUCCGUCGUUCUACUCGCUGCCGCUUCUUUGGCCAGCGCUCACUACACGCUCCCAAGUCUCAACGGUGACGCAGCCUGGUCUCAUGUCCGCCAAGCCAAGAACUGGCAAGACAAUGGAUUCGUUGGUGAUGUGACCAGCAAUGACAUUCGUUGCAAUCAGCUCAAGGCCGGCACGUCGACUCUCAGUGUUGCUGCGGGCUCAAGUGUCAAGGUCAGCGUCAAUCCCAACGCGUACCACCCUGGACCCUUCCAGUCAUACCUCGCCAAGGUACCGGAAGGACAAGACAUCAACACCUGGGACCCUACUGGCGCUGUUUGGUUCCGCAUCUAUGCCGAACAACCCAAGUUCGGCUCUCAGUUGACAUGGCUGAGUGCUGCCACCUACGACAUCAAGAUCCCCCAAUGCAUUGCACCCGGAAAGUACCUGAUGCGCAACGAGCACAUCGCCAUUCACACCGCUCAGAGCAAGGGCGGAGCGCAAUUCUACCUUUCUUGCGGACAACUUGAGGUUACUGGUGGUGGAAGCAAGGCACCCUCGAACCUCGUCGCCUUUCCUGGCGCGUACAAGGCUACCGAUCCAGGUAUCUUGAUCAACAUCAACUACCCAAUUCCCACUAGCUACACCAACCCUGGCCCCCCUACGUUCACUUGCUAG